AUGGGGCAUACAGAAACGACGCCAUGCGUUAAGAUUCUCGAGUGGGCUGCUCGACAGCUGCAUGAUAAGUUCCAACAGCUGGAAAAUGGUAACUCAUUAAGCCUUACCACGAUUGUCUGUAUCUGCGGAAUUUUGACUUGUUCCGAACAUGUACAAAGCAAUGACAAGAGUUGGUUGUGCAAAAGUACCACAAAAGUGCCAAUUAUCACUUACUCUAGAAAGGACGGGAAGCGGAGGAUUCGGUUUACUGGGAUCCUGACAAGCCUGUGGCAGUAUCACACUGCAUACUGUCACGCAAAGAGAGCGCAAAUAACAUGA